GGGCGGUUUAAGAAGUAAAAGAAAGAAAAGAGUGGAAGAAAUGGUUGGUGAGUUUUGCGCGUGGGAGUGAGAGUGACAGUGGAAAGAAAGGGAUGACGCUGGGUCUGAUCAAUGCAAACCCCGUGGUUCACGCCAAGAAGGAGCGAAUCGCUCGUUCCGAAGAUCCUCACGCCGUUGAUCCUCUCGAUAUUUAUGAUUUCGUGAGGGAUAUUCGGGAUCCCGAACAUCCUUAUUCCUUGGAACAACUCAGUGUUCUGUCCGAGGAAUCAAUCACCGUCGAUGACAAAUUAGGCCGAAUUCUGAUAACGUUUACGCCGACCGUUCAGCACUGUAGCAUGGCCACGGUUAUUGGUCUCUGCCUGAGAGUGAAACUGAAGCACUACUUUCCUCCUCAUUACAAAGUGGACAUCAAGGUUUCACCUGGAUCUCAUGCUGACGAAGAAUCUGUCAACAAGCAGUUAAAUGAUAAAGAAAGAGUUGCUGCUGCCUUGGAGAAUCCCAACCUCCGCCAGCUUGUGGAUGAGUGCCUCUACUCCAAUGAACUGUGAGCAACGAGACAUAAUACAUCAAUAACUAUUGUACAGGGCAUUUACCUCUUAUGAUGUUAUAAAAAGUAGUCCAUAUGUAUGGAAAUUAGUUGGAUGGUGUGUACCUUUCGAGAGGCUUUAUCUCUUCGACUCCCAACUUCUUCACAUUGGAUGUAGCAUGUGAUAAUGUAUGUAGAUCAAGUUAGGCAUCAUCAUGUCAUACCUUUGUACCUUCCACUACAGAAUGUGCUGAAACAGUCUUUUUUAUGGGUUGACCCGGUCUUUACCACUCAUAGUUCAUGCCAUGACGUUUAAUUUGUUUUGGUGGAAAUUAAGCAUUAUAUCUUUUCCGUGACAAAGGAUAAUUAUAUUUACAGA